UCCAAACAGAUGCUCUAACUACUACUUAUUUACUUGGACACCUCUCGCACUGCUGUCUAAAGAGAGCCUCUCUGCCCUGGCUGAGUGAGUAUCCAGAUAAGGUUAGGGAAAUCAUCCAGAAUCCUACUUGGCAGGGACACAGAUUCAUCCCAUACAUUUGGCAGCUCUGCUCGACUCACUUAAUAAAAAAAGUUUUGCAACAGUCUUAGAGUCUGAGGAUGCAGGGCUAGGAUCGACGGGCAAUGAAAUAUACUUUAGAAGAUCUAACAUUAAAAAGCACAUAUGAAGUAGUACAAGAUCAACGGUGGAUAUUGAGCACAUUGUCUGAUUUCAUUGGAAUCCGGAUUUGCAAAGUAUCAAAUCCAUCUACAGAGGGAAUGUCUUUGCUUUCGAGGAACAGAAAGAGACUGACUUAGUGGCAUGGAGAUGUAUUUAACUCUUGUCGUGGCCACGUUAUGCACAUGAGCAGUUGCUGGAUUCCUCAGGUGAGGACUUCUCGUGUACACAUGUUGAUGGCAUCAUUCCAAAAAGUUCAGAACAUCUUUGUAUAUAACUUCCCUAUGACUUCUUCAGGAAAUCUGACCUGUUUUUAUUCUACAACUACUACAGGAUAACAAUUUUCUAAUAGGAACUAGAUGGACUCUUUAGGAUACACCAUUACCUUUGUGGACUUGGACUUUUGUUAUGUGCACUAGACUUUGCCAUUAGCCUUUCAUUUUCUUUUUUUUUCUGUCCUACUUGGCAACCAGUUGUAGUUGUUUGAGCUUGGUUAUGGCUGUUCAGACUCUAACAGGAUUUUCUCUGGUCAGCUUGUUAAGUUUCGGUUACAUGUCCUGGGACUGGAUGAAGCCGACUGUUCUUGGGGACAGUCCUGGUGAUGAUCCUUCUAAAUUUCAAGCACCUUCUUCUAGACCCCCACAUAUUAUAUUCAUCUUGACCGAUGACCAAGGUUUCCAUGACAUAGGGUACCAUGGCUCGGAUAUACAAACUCCAGCUCUAGACAGGUUAGCUGCUGAGGGGGUCAAGCUGGAAAACUAUUAUGUCCAACCCAUCUGUACUCCCUCCCGUAGUCAACUUAUCACUGGAAGGUAUCAGAUCCAUACCGGGUUACAACAUUCAAUUAUUCGUCCACGGCAACCAAACUGUUUGCCGCUUCAUCAGGUCACCCUGCCUCAGAAGUUACAGGAAGCUGGUUAUGCAACACACAUGGUGGGAAAGUGGCACUUGGGAUUCUAUAAGAAAGAAUGCCUCCCAACGAGACGUGGCUUUGACACCUUUCUUGGUUCUUUGACCGGCAAUGUUGACUAUUACACUUAUGACAACUGUGACGGGCCAGGAGUGUGUGGCUUUGAUUUACACGAGGGAGAGAAUGCAGCUUGGGAUCUUGCAGGCAAAUACUCCACACUUUUGUAUUCCCAACGUGUAAGCCACAUCUUGGCAGCUCAUAACCCACAACAACCAAUUUUUAUAUACAUAUCUUUCCAGGCAGUGCACACUCCCCUUCAGUCCCCUCGAGAGUAUAUAUAUCAAUAUAGGAAUAUGGGCAAUGUAGCAAGGCGCAAGUAUGCUGCCAUGGUAACAUGUAUGGAUGCAGCUGUAAAAAACAUCACUAGGGCAUUGAAAAAGUAUGGUUACUAUGACAACAGUGUUAUCAUUUUCUCAUCAGACAAUGGAGGUCAAACAUUUUCCGGUGGAAGUAAUUGGCCUUUAAGGGGACGCAAAGGAACAUAUUGGGAAGGAGGUAUAAGAAGCCUGGGUUUCGUCCAUAGCCCUCUGAUCAAAAAGAAAAGAAGGUCUAGUAGGACAUUAAUGCACAUAACAGACUGGUAUCCAACACUUGUAAGACUGGCGGGAGGAAAUAUUUCAGACACAGAGGGUCUAGAUGGGUAUGAUAUGUGGCCAUCAAUCAGUGAAGGAAAGGUAUCACCUCGGACAGAAAUUCUACACAAUAUUGACCCUUUGUAUAACCUUGCCAGAUCAGGGUCCAUGGAAGAGGGUCAAGGAAUAUGGAAUACUGCUAUUCAAGCUUCUAUCAGAGUCAAAGAUUUUAAAUUAUUAACAGGAGAUCCUGGGUAUAGUGACUGGAUUCCACCUCAGACACUCACCAACUUUCCAGGGACCUGGUGGAACUUAGAACGUCAUACUGAUGGAGCCCGUAAAUCUGUUUGGCUCUUCAACAUCACAGCAGAUCCUUAUGAGCGUCAUGACUUGUCUGCACAGAAGCCAGAAGUGGUCAAGGAGUUAUUAACACGCUUGGCUUAUUAUAAUCGUACUGCCAUUCCUGUGCGAUAUCCUAAUGAGGACCCAAGGGGUAAUCCAGAACUCAAUGGUGGCGCAUGGGGACCAUGGGCUAGCGAGGAAGAUGACGAGGAUGAUGAAAACUGGAUUAGAGGAGGACAUGUGAAGAGCGCAAAUAAAAAGAAAAAAUGUAAGAUCUGCAAGUUAAAAUCUUUCUUCAGAAAGCUAAACACACGUCUUAUGUCUAAUCGCAUCUGACAAGUUACAGGACUUUUUUUAAAUAUAUUUUUAGACUGUCUUUUGUUAUACAAUUUAUACUUAAACAAAGACUUGUGCGAGGCACAGAUAUUUUGGAGAACUCUACAGCAAGGCUAAGUGUACAAGGAAAUUCAAGGAAGGUGAAUGUAACUUUUAAAGGGGCAUCAUGCACCGUUCUGGAUAUAGAUAAGAAAACCUCAGACUUGACAUAAGUAAUCUGGAUGGAGUGUUCGGACGACGCUUUUCUUAGGUUGAAACGUAAUGAAAUACAAUUACAUUCUAGAUAUUAAAGGGAAUAUUUACAAAAUUUGGACUACUUCCACUGCCUUAAAGACAGUCUGUAGACAUACAUGUUUCAAGAUGAAGGAUUACUUCAUGAAUGUAUUUAUAUAUAAUUUUUUUUUUUUUUACCAUAGGCAGUAUUUGCUGUGGAACGUCUUUGAUUAAUAAGAUGUGGUCUAGCUUUUAAACUUCAUAUUGGGGAUAAUUUUGACUCUGUACAGACACCAAAGGUCUGUUUUAUGAAUAUUUCCAAAUUAUUUAAUACUUAGUAUAACCUUUCAUAGACAACCACCCUAAAUCUGGUCUAGAUGAGGUCUGGUCUUCUCAAAGAGGUGUUCUUUAAGAAAUACUCCACCUCUGAUUGACUAUGUGUUAACACCAUUCUAAUAGAGUUUCCUUAUCCGGAGUACAUGGAGUAAUGGUACUAUCCACAAAACUACUGUUUUAGCACAUUGUUCAACAGAUGAUGGCAGUUUCUUGGACAACCGAUGAAAAGGCCAUCUACAUUACUACAAGAUGAAUAAAAAGUAUGUCAUAUUUUAAAAUGUGGCUGAACAAUUUGUUAUUUGCUUUACAAUGAGACUGUUCUUUAGAUACAUACAGUAUAUGGACAUAAAAGAGGCAAGACUGUGUAAACCAUUGUGCCAACUUGAUGAGUGUGAUAGGUUGAGAAUCUACAUGUUACACCAAGAUUGGUAUCCAAUACUGUAGGAAACAUGUCAUCUUGGACUGACAUCCGUAGAAGCCUGCAAAGUCAAGGACUACAGAUGGUCAAGUAAUCAAACAUUGAGGCUGUUAAAUAAGGAGUCUAUGUGUAAAGUCAAGUUGUCUGGUUGUUGAGUAAAGAUAUACAGUAGCUGGUCAAGCAACUAAAGUCUAUGGAGGUAAAGAAGGUCUAGUUUCCAAGUUAAGGAAUAUAGAAGUUAGUCAAGGAAUCAAAAGAUUGAGGUGGGUAAAGGGACUGGUUGUUCAUGGGAGAUGUUGUCCAAAACAUCUGCAGUGCUGAAGGUUGCCUAUGCCUGGUCUAUAGCAUAUGACAAAGGAAACAAAAAAUUAAGGUGGUCAAAGAAAAAUCUAGUUGAGAGUUAAGGUCUUAAGAAGAUUGUCAAGGAAUCAAAAAUUAAAGAAGUUGAAGCAGGGUCUUGUUACAAAGUUAAUGUCAUAGAAGAUGGUAAAAAUAAAUCAAAGAUCAAAGGGGUGAUGAAUGGUCUGGUUGUGGCGUCAACUUCUAGAAGACAGUCAAGGAAUAAAGAUAGAGGGGGUUAAAAUAGAAGUAUAGACCCUCGAUUAGCUGACAUAGGAGUGGAAAACAUUCCCAAAUAUAGGACUAUUUUCUACCAAAAGAUCGGUUCAGCCAACACGCUUGAAGUCCCGAGGAUGUAUUGUCAUAUCAACUUCCAAAGGGAAGGGGACCUAAUUUUGACUAUUGGCAAAGGCCACCAGUCCUAUUGUCAUCCCAAAUUACAGAGGAACAUAUUUUAAAUAAACAUUAGCAUGUAGUACACUUGGUCAUCACUUAUGGUUAAGGGCCAAUACCAAUUUGCCAGUAAUAAGUGCAGUUGUAGAAGCACUUGGGAGCUCAUGCCUCGUUAAUAUCCACUGAGCCUUGUAAAUUCAUCUGCUAAUGAGUAUUAGGCCAGCAAGCAAAACAGCUGCCACCAUAACAUGCAAGUAACACACAACCUCUCUUCUGGGGACUGCAUUUUGUUUUGCUCUGUCCAGAAAUUGCAAUAUUGACAUCUAAAAAACCCAUGGAAAAUGAAUUUGUGCAAUAUAGUUAGAUAUUUCAGACCCCGAAGGCUGUAAGAGAAAGGUGACUCAUUCCAGUAGGAAGA